UGUUGUGCUGGAUGUUGAGCGUGAGACCGACUUGUGUACCUACGCUGCCUGCGUGCAGUUCGUGCUAGCACGUAUGAUGCAGUCGUGCUCGCAGUCUAGGCAAAAUGCUAUGCUGAAGGGCGAUGGAACUACCUCUGACAACGCAGUCAAGUUACCAGUCAGCCUUCUUGUUCCCUUUGUGUUAUGCGACACCAGAGGCCAAGUCUGACAGCGAAACGUCGUCAUUCUGCGAAAACCAGGCAGCAACAUUACCAACGAGCUUGAGUAUAUCAGACUGCAUCGAUACCGGCGUUUGUGUAGGAAGUUUGCGCUCGGAUACAGCACUGUCGUCGCCACCGACACCUUCUGCAGAUACCUCGCACGAACAGGAACUGGAAAAUGAAUAUGCAAACCUAAUGUUGCAAAAGUUUUUACCGGCGUUGCAAAAGGAUUCGAUGGAACCGACUGACGGCUGCUCGACAUCGUACUCCGCGCCGCCAGUGUUGAUGUCAGUAGCAUCACGCAGUACAUCGGUUGCAAGUUCGUUUAGCAGCGAGAGCAUACCAGUUGUGACUACUUCACAAGGAAGUACUGAACAUGGAAGCAGCAGUUGCACUAUGUCUGGAACAGUUGAUGGAGAAGCACAGUCAUGUACAGAAAAAAUGCUGGAGCAGGAGCAUGCAGCUUCUUCCAAUUUUAUUUAUCCUGGCACAUGCCUGUCAGCAUCAGAAGCUGUAGUUGCUUCAAAAUAUGACGUGGGAAAAGGCAACCUGAUAAGUAAUCAAGAAUUGGCCCUUUCUCUUGAGUCUGUGCUGACAGUGGUACCACAGUCCCUGCGGAAGCGUUCUGAAACUGCAGAUGUUAAAAGCUUGGAAAGGAAACAACUAAUCAAAGAACCCUGUGUUAAAACUUGUAGACCAAGGUAUUCAACCUCUUCAUGUGGAGGUGCUAGUUUACAGUCAUGGGACUCUCACCUUGAAAUAGAUGCAUCUAUUGAAGACAUUGUAGAAAGUGUGAUUCAUGAACUGUCCAUCUGUGAAACAGAGUUGCAAAGCUGUUCGGGCAUGUUUUCCCGGGAGCAUUCUACAAUAAGUGAUGUACCACGAAAAGCAUCUCCAGCCUCUCUGUCAAGUUACACAUCAAGCAAGCGAUUAGAAUGGGACAAUGGGGCAGACAUUGGAUAUUCUGGCACUAGUGAUAGAAUACAUGGACAUGGAGGGUUAAGGUAUCAUGAUAUAGAGAGGCACGCUUGCAAGCAAAGUGAUGGUGGUGUCAUCAAUGAGGCCAGUGUUUCUCCUGAUGAGAAGAUGCACAAGUUUUCUGUGACACAUUUUCGUGACGUUGUAGUCCAGACUGAAGCUUGUUCAAUCAGAGAUGCUGGCGUCCAAGCUACUGCUUCUGCCACAGAUCUUUUGUCUACUCAGACUUGUAUGAAAGUGUUAACUAAGCAGUCUGAUUUGUUAGUAUCAGGCAGUGCUGCAACAGAUUUGAGUAGUAUUGCAUCAGCAAAGCAAGAAUCUUUCAAUAUUGCACUUGCUAAGGGUGGACACCAACAAAUUGGCAAGGAGAAAGGAGGAUCUCUUGUGAGAAAUAGGACACCAGACUAUGCUUGUGCCAAGUUGAAGCCUGCUGUUCAGCUACCUGUAGGCAGAAAGAGCCUUGAAAUGCCAAGGCGUGAUUGUGCAAAUAGUGUUUCGCUGUGUUAUAGCCACAGAACCUUCAGAGAGCAUAGGAAUCUUAAAAAGAAGCAUGCAAAUUUGACACGAAAACAUGCUUCAGGUUUCAGCCAUCUGCAGAGGAGAGAUUGUAACGAUAACUUUGUUGCUGCCUCUGAUACUUCUCAUAUAGAAUCUGAACCUUUGGAUGUCACUGGUUUUACUGUUAUCAACAACAACAGACUGAAAAUGAAAUUGCCUACAGCUGUACCAGGACUGGCUUCCCGAAGUGCAACACCCGCUGAGCUUCCCCGUCCAUGCAGUGAGCUUAACAAGCGUCGGCUUGAUCAUUGGCUCAGCUCUGGUUUCCCUUAUGUACCUGCAGUGGUGCCACUUGAAAUAGACGUCCUACCUCGUAUUCACAGUGCUGAACCAGCCACAGAAAAGCACGAAAAUUGUGAUUCAAGGCUCGUAGUCUCUGGGUCAUGCCUCCCAUCUGUAAAAAGGCUAGAAGUCACUAACAUGGCAAAUACUCAGCCUGCUGUAACAGCGCAAGGUACCAGUGGGAUGACACGAAAGCGGUACAUUGUCCGUCCAGCAUCACAUUUAGCACCGAAAGCAUCCCAGGCCAGCACAGGGCUUUCAACGCAUGCAACAGCAUUGUGCCAAAAACUUAUUCGGAAGGACAAACUUGUGAUGGGACUGUCAACCAUGUCCUCUUUCGCCAAGAUGGAUGGCACACCUCCCAAUAAUCGAGAAGCAAAGUCAACGCUGCUCUCACAAAGCAACACAGAAGACACUUUGCUUUCAAGAUCAUAUGAAAGUGAAGCGUGCUCUUCGCCAGAUAUAUUGGCUUCUUGCAAAAAUCAUCAAGAGGGUGGUCAGCACAACUCUUCAGCUUCGUACAACAGUGUCUCUGAAGGAACUUCAUCACAGCUGCUGACAGUGAAUGGAAAGAGUUGCAAGCUGAAGCGCAUGGCUCACAGAGAACUGGAAAAACUGAGGUUUCUUGUUAACCGACAGAGACAUGGCUACCUGAAGCAGUUGCAAAAAGAAGUUGAACGUCUGCAUAAACUUGAGCAGCUGUUCCUCUUAGCAGACGUCAGCUGCACACCAUCUUCAGCAGAAACACAAGCCACUUCACCAGAAGAGGACUUAGCCGAAAUUGUGUGUGGAAAUGCAGACAGCAACAGUGUUGCUGUGCAGACUUCUCAGUUGCUUCUUACCAGUUGUGAUCAUGAGGACACUGUGGUCAAGGGAAGAUGCUUUGUGUCAGUGGGUGGCGAAUCGGCGAAGAAGCAGAGGGACCACCCUUCACCACGGAGGAGGAAAGCUGCCUCCAAGCGUCCUGUAGCAUGGGUAGUACCCUUGGGGUCAAACAUUCACUACCCUGGCAAUAAACAACAAGGAGCAUCCACAAAAGAGAGAAACCACCAGGAUGUCAAGGAAGGAGAGAGUCUGCAGGAAGCAUUUGCAGCCCGCUGUAGCCGCUUGAUCAAGCGUUCGGAGGCAAGGCAGACUCAGGUUGCCAUCCUGGCUGAACGACGACAAAAGCAGCGCUUAGCACCAUUGCAGGUGCAGCUGCAAGGCCGAAAUCAGGUGCAGCCUCGUCCACCAGGAAGCUUAGGAAGAGCCUCAACAAAGAAGACAUUUACACACAAGGAAAUGAGAGAACAGACUGAGAGGGUGUAUCAAAAGCUUCCUGAAGUUAUUGACUCGAAAACAAGGUUGCGUAGAGAGCAACAGUACAGAACAAACCGUCUUAUGGCACAGCUGUACAACAAGGCCAUUCAAGAGAAGGCUUUGACAGGCUGCAUCAACUUUCCAAUUAACAAGCCAUUCACUAAUCUUUGAAUGGUUCAGCAAUGCUAGCUAUUUGAACUUGCAAUUGGUGGUGAUUUAAUUCUGCUGUAUGUGAUGUGUAUACUUGGGAUGUAAAUAAAUAAUUGACUGACCUUCAAAGAGAA